AUGAUUGGUGGAGGUGUGACUGAAGAGUAUAUAAGCAGAAAAGAACCAAAUCCACCUCAAUUUGAAGAAUCAUUUCAAAGUGAACAGACGUAUUUACCAGACGAGAGAGAAAUCAUGCCUUCAUGUGAUGAUUGCGGUGUAGUCUUUGAAAGCGUCCCUGAAUUAGCUAGACACAUGAAUAGGGGGUGCCCAGAAAAUAAUGAUUUAAAAAGAAAAAGGGGGAAUGAAGAAAAAGACAUACCCUCGAAGAAGUCUCGUGUAAACGAAAUUGAUAUUGAAGAUGGGGAGGAUACGGCUUUUAUAAAAUUAGCCGGACUUGCUAGAGAGGCAAAUGAAGAUGUAUGGACAGAUAAACUUGAUAAAUACAUGGAUGGUAACAUGAGUGAAGAACAUGCCAGACAUGAAGUUAUUGACAACGAAACUAACAAUAGUUAUGAAAGCGAAGAUAGUAACGAUGAUGAUGAUGACGAGGAAGAGGAAGGAGAGGAGGAUGAAGAUGAGGAGGAUGUUGAUGAUGAAAGCUAA